AUGAAAAAGGAGCUGAGUGGCGCGACCUGCUGCCGCUGGCGCGACUGCGGCCACCGGCUAAGUUCGCCCACGCAGCUGCUGGACCACCUACAGACGUGCCAUGUGCAGGAUCAGCGUGCUGGUGCCGGCCGCUCUCGCCGCUGCCUCUGGCAGGGCUGCAAGGUGUUCGACCGGCCCGGCUCGGCCGCCUGGCUGGAGAGGCACGUGCUCACGCACGGCGGCAGCAAGCCAUUCCGCUGCAUCGUCAACGGCUGCUCGCAGCGGUUCGCCUCGCAGUCGAUGCUGGAGCGGCACGUAAACCACCACUUCAACCCGCCGGCGCCGGGGAAAAAGACCGACUCGAGCGUGAAGACGCCGCGCCGCAGCGGCCGGCGCGCCCAGCUCGACCAGCACCCCUACUCCGCUCGCAUCUUCGACUUCUGUGACCCGAGCGCCAUGGAGCGGCUGCGGUACCAGCUGGUGUCGGCGGACAGCGCGCUGGACAGGCUGCCGGCCAUCGCCAGCCGGUCCGUCCAGCUGACGGCCAGGGUAACAGCACGCCGGACCCUCACCACGAACAAGCCGGAGGUGCUGGUGCACUGGGAGCCGGCGGAUGUUGUGGAGGACGAGUGGAUACCGGCGCACGCCUUCAGGUCGACCCGGCGCGUGCCCUGCAGCCAGCUGCCGGUCGGCGUGUGGGAGCGGCUGGCGCGCGCCGUGGGGCAGCCGCCCACCCGGCGCAAACGCAAGACCUCUUAGCCCCGCCCCGGCGGCCCCCGGCGCUAUUACCGAGCCCCCUCCAGGCAGCUGUGCGCCGCCGCCAGCGGACCUCAGUACAAAUGGUUGGAAUUUAGCGAUGUUGUGCGAGCGAGGCGUCACGGCCGGCCGGGGCGUCCCGGCCAUCACGUGUUUUUCACCCCGGCCGCCUAGGGGCGCUGCCCGGUGGGCCGGAGGAGAGUGACCAGCAAUUGCACUGCCAGUAGAAGAGGAUGGUCGCUCGCGUGGCGGCAUCGGAGGCACGGCGUCUCCAGUCCAUUUUUAUAG